UGUGGAUUCGUCCACACGCUUCAAAGUGUCUGGCUCACACUCGGCAAAACGCAAGUCGACUCCCAGCCAGGCGGGAGCAGCACACAGGCAGUUACGGGCUGAGCACAAUCUGAGCUCCACAACAGCGAUAUCCAGGAAGUCUGAGUGAGCCCACUCACUGACAGCAACGACACACACACACACACAGUAAUCGGUGUGAGGGCAUUCUGUGAGAUUUCGCUGCCUCCAGGAUUAUAUUACACUGUCCCCGCGCCCAGCAACAAAGGAAAUCUAAUCCCAACGGUGAUUUAAACCUCGGGAAAUUGGUCGGAUUGAUUGCAGAAGGAAAAGAAGACAGCGAAGAGUAAAAGUGCACAGGUACACCCAUCCUUCGAGUUUUUAAAGUCUUGCGUUUUGUCGCAGUCUUCUUCGAUUUGGUGUCAUUCGAACGUUAGAAUUUUAAUUCCAAUACCUGAGAGCAAGUCGUGUAUGUAAAUGAUGAGCAACAGUGGUCCUACCAACGACCCGUGUGAAAUAUCACUUCACACCUUCGGCCAGACUAGCUCUGCCAAGAUGCCCAAGCUGGUGGAGGUGCGAAUGGAUGAGUGUACCCUGGCUCCUGAGAAACCUGACAGUAAACUCCCACUGUGGAAACGGCUGGGAAAGAAUCUGAUGAAGAACCUGCUGCUGACUCUCACAGUGUUUGGUGUGAUAUUUGGAGCAUUGUGUGGAGGAUUGCUCCGAUAUGCAUCUCCCAUCCACCCCAAUAUUGUCAUGAUCAUAGCAUUCCCAGGUGACAUCCUUAUGCGGAUGCUGAAGAUGCUGAUUCUUCCUUUGAUCAUCUCCAGUUUAAUCACAGGCUUAUCUGGACUCGAUGCUAAGGCCAGCGGGCGUCUGGGAACCAGAGCCAUGGUGUAUUACAUGUCUACCACUAUCAUCGCUGCGAUACUCGGUGUGAUCCUGGUACUCGCCAUCCACCCAGGGAACCCUGCACUGAGGAAGCAACUCGGAGAAGGGAAGAAGAAUGAAGAAGUGUCGAGCUUGGAUGCCUUUCUGGAUCUCAUCCGGAAUCUCUUCCCUGAAAAUUUGGUGCAAGCCUGUUUUCAGCAGAUACAAACAGUGACCAAGAAGGUGGAGAAUCCUCCUGAAGCUAGAAAUGUUUCGAACCUCACUGGCCUCCUCCUGGAGGCAGUGAAUGAAACUCUGGCAGAGUCAGAGGGGCCCAGUUUCACUGUUACAAAGAGCUUGCAGUUCAAGGAUGGCAUGAAUGUGUUGGGUCUAAUUGGAUUUUUUAUUGCCUUCGGUAUCGCAAUGGGGAAAAUGGGGGAGAAGGCAAGGCUGAUGGUGGAAUUCUUCAACAUCCUCAAUGAGAUUGUCAUGAAGUUGGUGAUAAUGAUCAUGUGGUACUCGCCCUUUGGUAUCGCCUGCCUAAUCUGUGGAAAGAUUGUGGCCAUUAAAGACUUGGAGGUCGUUGCUAGGCAACUGGGCAUGUACAUGGUGACUGUCAUCACAGGGCUGAUCAUCCACGGAGGCAUCAUCUUGCCUCUGAUAUAUUUUGUGGUCACGAGAAAAAAUCCUUUCUUAUUCUUAGCAGGCAUCUUCCAGGCCUGGAUCACUGCCUUAGGGACUGCUUCCAGUGCUGGCACUCUGCCAGUCACGUUCCGCUGCCUGGAGGAAAAUCUGGGAAUUGACAAACGAGUGACCCGCUUUGUCCUUCCCGUCGGAGCGACCAUCAACAUGGAUGGAACUGCUCUCUACGAGGCUGUGGCUGCUAUAUUCAUUGCCCAGAUGAACAAUAUUCACUUGGAUGCUGGACAGAUAGUGACAGUGAGUUUGACAGCUACACUGGCCAGUAUUGGAGCUGCGAGUAUACCGAGUGCAGGCCUGGUCACCAUGCUGUUGAUUCUCACUGCUGUUGGCCUUCCCACACAAGACAUCAGUCUCCUUGUAGCUGUUGACUGGCUCCUAGACCGGAUGAGGACCUCUGUGAAUGUCGUUGGUGACUCUUUUGGAGCUGGCAUCGUCUUCCAUCUUUCGAGGGAUGAACUGGCAAACAUUGACGCCCAGCAUGCCCGGCUCGAAGAGGAGAGGUUGCUGAAGGCUGUCGUGAUGCAUGAUGGCACAAAAGCCUACCAGGAGAAUAACUCGAACCCUGGCAAUUACUCAGGCAACAACACGGUGGAAGGGAAGGAUGGCAAGGUGACUAUGGCCAAAAAUGGCACAGCUGCUGACUACACAAUUGUUGAGGAGGAACCAUGGGACCGCGAGUGCUGAGGGGACACAGAGAGAGAGAGAGAGAAAGAGAGAGACAGAAAAAGAGGGACACCCAAUCCCAUCACCCAUGAGCUCCCUCCCUCCUGAAAUGCGCUUCUGCUGAGAUUGUUCAUCCGACAGGAAACAAACAAAAAACACGUCAAAAUCUUUUUCCUUUUUCGUUCUUUUCAUCUAAAUGUGGUUGUUUAGUGUAAGGUCCAAAUAGUGAAUCCUGGAGCUGGUGAAGGGGAUUCUGUUUGGGUUUUACCAGUA